GGCGCACCGCUCCCACCGCUGUGCGCAGGCGCGGGGCCGUCCCGGCGGCGUCGGCGGCGGCGACGAUGGGCGCGCGGUUGGUCCGCGCGUUGCGGGCGUUCAACGUGGAGAGCCGGGCCCGCCGCGAGAUCAGCAAGGAGAAGCCCACGCCCGCGCCGCGCCACCCCACCACCCGCCUGGACCCGCUGACCGAGCACCCGGCGAUACGUGAGAAAGUUUACAGCAAGGACGACAGGCUGCUCACCUUGUUGAAAGACGUUUAUGUUGAGUCUAGGGAUCCGCCGGGGCAGGUAAAAGAUGGAGGUGGUGAACAUGUUCCAUGUAAACACGAGGAAAAGAGAAUUACAAAACUAGGUCAAUAUGAAGAUCUAGAUAUUAAGAAAGUUACCAAAGGCAAAAUCUCCAUUGUGGAGGCUCUGAUGCUUCUUAAUAAUCAUAAACUUCAUCCUAAGAUAUGGACUGCAGAGAAAAUAGCAGUGGAAUACAGUCUGGAACUGACGGAAGUCAACUCUCUUCUGGAAUUCUUCAUUCCUUUUACUAUGCAGGAAUUUCCUAAAGGAAAAAGAAAAGCUAUAAAACCAACAUAAAAAUAAUUACCAAAACCUUGUGUGAUCUUACUUGUGUCUUGGUUUUGCUCAUGAGUGUAUUUGGUGUCUGAAAAGAGUUGGUAACGUCAUCCAACAAGGCUGCUUUCUUAUACCAAGAAGUAUUCAAGCAAUUCCAUUCUGUAUUUUAUGGCUUCAGAUAAAUGCAGCAAUUACAGGAUUCGGUUUGUAAAGCGGCGUUUAACUACUAAGUUCUGUGAGAGCCUGUCACAUGAUUCUGAUUAUCACAUUCAUAUGUUCUCAAUUCAGUUGAAAUAUUGAAGUACUAUUUAGAAAUUUAACUUAAAACAAGCAAACAACAACAACAACAAGAAGCAGAUCACCUUUCUUAAUGGAAUUCCUGGCCUUCAGCUAAAUCAGUGCUCUGUGUGUAUUAUCUUUGUAGUUCGUGUUAAAAUGUUCUUUAAAGGACUUACUCUCAAGAUGGAUGCAUAUACAAGCAGCUGUAUUUCUUUCAUAUAAUAGCUGAAUAUUAUUUAUACUUUACAAAGAGGGUUAACCAGAAGAAGAUUUGGGAAAUUUGUCUGUGUUGAAAUAAAAAGAAGGUGAAUAGCAAGGCCUCUUCUUGAUGCUGGAACAGCAAUAGCUGCUUGAUGUGUACCCACUUUUCUACUCCGUUCUGAUUUAGCUUAAAUAUCUGUACCUCCCCAGGUACUGUCUGUCAACCAGGGAGUUCGUAAAGAGUGAAGAUCUGGUAUCGCAGCAGUCUGUAGCACCUGCUGUAUGAGGAGUAAUGGCUUGUGCAAUUAAUAGGUACCAAUUAAAUGCAACUGCAUCUACUAAUUGGACCCACUUAUGGAAGAUCUAUUAAUGCCUACCUGACGUGUUAUAAUAGCCCUUUUUCUCCUAUGGAGGCCUUCUGUAAUUUAUCCAAAUGCAGGCUUAGGUCGGUCUGUGUUCACUGAUGAUAAAUUUUCCACGUUCCCACAUCAAACAGCAUCAUUUACCAUUGUUAGUAAAGGCAGUUGCAAACUGAAGUAACCUGGAUACUGUGGCUGUCUGGGUCUGUGUAGAUAAGAAGUUGUGCACUGACUGAGUACUGACUAGUGAAAAUAGGUUCAUGUUGUCCAGUCACUCUAGGAAAGCAGAGGGGAGGGAUCACUGAAAUUUACGUUUAAAGUACAUUAUGGUUGCCUUUCUUUAAAAAGAAAUGUUAAUUUUAUGUGAUACUAAUGUUCCUAAUGCCCAUCACCAAAGGAGUUAAAUGUAACUGUAGUGUAACUUCUUUGCAACUACUCUGCUAAGUCUUUGGCUUCUGACUGGUAAUUAUUUUACCAAGAAGAUCAUGACCUUCACGAUUUCACAGCAAGAUUCUUGAUGCUUCUCUGUGAUGGAAUAAGGUAUUACAGUAUAGUUUACAAUAGUGUAUUCAAGGUUUUACUUUAUUCAAUUUUAAAGUACAUAUUGCUGUACAUUAGUGAAAGAUAUGUAAAAAUGCUAAUUUAUUUGUCUUUGGAUGUGUGGAUUGGUGAUGGCCUUGUUGCUCUUCCUGUAACUUAUAGGGACAGAGCUGCACUGAAACUAAUGUGCCUUCUGAGUGAUGAACCACAUUUUUACUUAUUUUCCACAAAAUACCCUCUUACAUUGUAACA